AUUAUACUUUUUGAUUUACACUGAGCCAUCGACACAAAAGCUGAAUUUUGCUGCCUUUUCAGCAGUGUCGUUCGAGUUAAAAAGUAAUUCAAUUAGUUACAAUUUGAAAGAUAAUUAGAUUUUGCGUUUCCCGUAAUGAGUCUUAUUAACUUUAACCAGUACCAGGAUUAUGUGGAUAGCUUCAUAACCAACGAAGACAUUCGUUACUUGGGCCACAAAGAUGUCCAGAGGAAGUUGAUCCAGGAUGCCUGCGGAAGGAAUUGCCUCGGAAACCUACUCACUCCGGAGCAAUUCCUUCGGCGAAAGGCAAAUGAGUUGAUCCUUACGAAGCCGCGGGGAAUAUGUGGAUACCAACUUUUCGGCGACUAUUUAAACAGCAAGGACGAGGUCCUCCAGCAGUUUGCCAGUCGGGAGCAGAAGCUGAUACAGAAACAACUUUCGACUGUUGUCUACCUGGUGAUGCGCUCGAAGAAGGGCUUGGAAAUCUCCAGCUUUCUGGACCUGGAGCAGAGUUUUCGAGAGGCGCGAUGUCAGAGUUCGAUGGACUACGUGGACUGGCGCGGCAUCUUCGAGGGCAGGGUGAAGCUGAUGCCAUCGAAGCGGCAUCUGAGCUACUUCGAUUGGCACCGGAAUCAAGUCUCCUUCACCAACAGCGACAACUUCCGCGUGGAUAACAAAAGAGCCCACAGCCUGCUGGUAAUUCACGUCGGGGAUCACAAAAUGUUCUGCGUAAAUGCCACCUGUGACUGUGAGUUCAGCAAAAAUGCCAGCCGUGAAACAUAUUUCUCCCCCAUCUACGGAUAUGUCAUAUUCUUUGAUCAUAUAAUCAGGCGCAUUAAUUAGCGGCGGCUUUAAAAUGUCAAUAAUACGUAAUCGCGGAUAAAUAAAAUAUAAAUAUAAAAUGAAA